GCGAUUUAGUCGUAACUUGGUCGUAACGGCGUUCGGCCAACUUAAUUGUAUGUGUGAGGGACCACAUAAAAUACCUACUGCUUACGGUUUCGGUGCUCAUUCUAUUUUGUGUUUUAGUUCGGUUGUUUUAAUAUUUACAUUAAAUGUCGUUUUUAUUCUAUAUAAGUUAUAAAAGCUAAUUAAGAUUUCUCAGGAAGUUAGAUAUUUAAAUCCAAAUCAUGAUGUAUUCUGGUGAAGAGAUUGCAAUAAAUUUUGACCUUUUUGAUGGGGAUCUUCCAAAGGAAUUAAUACCUUUGACACCAACCGGACCACCCAGCAGAGUAGUUUUUCCCGGAAUAUAUAAUUUCGCUGUGGAAAUUGAUGGAUCACAUACACAAAAGAAAAAGUAUUUGUAUUCCCAUCAACUGAACAGGAUAUACGUGAACAUGGACUGCGAUUUCUCCGUGGGUUUUAAAUGGGACAGGGUUUCAGAAGAUGAAUUUCUGUACGUCCGUGCUACGCCCGUUUUUUCUGAACUCUCUCAGGCACAGAAGAGAGUGGAGAGGUGUAUACAGCAUUCUCAUGAAUCAUUCAAUACAGCGCUGGACGCGCGCACGGAGCAGCACGUGAUCAAGAACGUGCUGCGCUCGGCGCGCGCGGCCGGCGUGUUCUACUGCGGCUGCGCGGACGUGCCCGACUCGUGGCUGUCCGUGCUCGUGCGCCUCACCGCGCCGCAGACGCACGCCUUCCACUUCGUCUGCAAGAACAGCUGCUCCUCCGGCAUCAACCGCCGCCCGAUCGACAUCAUCUUCACUCUCGAGGACAUGGCCGGCAGAGUGCUCGGUCGCCAGAGCGUGGGCGCGCGCGUGUGCUCGUGCCCCAAGCGCGACCUGCUAUCCGACGAGAAGAAGCCGUCCGCCGGUAAACGACCGCUGUCUCCUCCCGCGCCGGCCCCCGCAAUCCCCCUGCCCCCCGCAACUCCCGCGGUCCCUGCGAACACUGGCCCUCCACCCACGAAGCGGCGCCUUCGUGACGUCACUGACGAGGACGUCGUUGUCAAUCUACCAGCGAUGCAAGUGUACGGCUCAAGAACAGCGUUGACAGGGCUCACAGUUAUGAUAAAUAUGAUGAAACAAACUAGAGAUGCUAAAGUUAACCACACUGACCUCCGAAACUGUAUAAACGAACUCGAAAACUUAGUGGAGAGAGAAGAAUUUCAAAUUGCGAAUGUCCGAGACUAA